UAGUAUGCAAUAAAAGUUGAUAAAACACAUCACUACCCCAAUUCCAGGUGUUUCGACAGUUGUUUUUAAAAUUACAAAUAUCAUUGAUUUAGCAAAGAACUGUUCGCUUGGGGAAUAAUAAAAAGACUAGUCUUUAAAAGCUUCCAUGUUGCUUCAUUAGGAAACAGUUCCAAUAUAAUGCAGGCUCUUGGAAAUCUGAGAAACUUCUGAUGUUUUUCCCCAUAGUAGAAUUAUACCCAGAAAUGAUUUGAUGAAAUGUUAUGGCCUACUUCAUGCAUAAAGAGAACUUCUGCUUAUUAAACCAACGACAGUAGAUAUUUUCUGCCCUUGUGCCUGCUUCCAGGAACAAUUAUGAAACUAACAAAGCUUACAGAACCUGGGAGAAGAACCGUAUUAGAACAGAGUUUUACCAGAUGUUGCCUUCAAACGAUCUAUAAUUGUAUUUGUCUCUCAUUACCGACAGCAGCCUCAGCCUGCCAUAGAAAGAUCCUAUUUCUCUCUUUUUGAGAUCACAGAGUAGAUGGACAGUUAAUGCAUCAGCAGCAAAGACGUGAGAAAUGUCUCCUGAUGAGUCCUGGUCGCCAGCUGAAGAUGACAGCCAAGCAUCAAAACUAGCAAGGAAAUCCAGAGAUGCCCCCUUUGUUCCCAUAGGUCUGGCAGGCUGCUUUGCUGUAGUAGGCUAUGGGCUUUACAAGCUGAAACACAGAGGAAGCCAAAAAAUGUCAGUCCACCUCAUCCACAUGAGAGUUGCAGCCCAAAGCUUUGUUGUAGGUGCAAUAACAGUAGGAGUUUUAUAUUCUAUGUAUACAGAUUACAUGAAACGUUCGGGCACCAGUGGACCGAACAAAUGAUCAUCAUCAUCAAAGCAAAGAGGAAGACCAAAGCAUUUGAUUCAGUAUUAUUUUAUAAAAACUUUUAUGUAUAAGUGUUUUUAGAAUGUAUUCCAAGUAUGCCGCCAGGAUUCCUACCACCCUCCCCAUUUAUUAAAGCAGCUUCUAUAUGC